AUCACUAGUUUUUGUUUUCCCUCCUCAAUUCAUACUAUUAUGCUCACUUACUAUUCAAACUCCGCACCUCUUCACUCUCAAUUCCGUUUCUUCAGCAUUUGUUUCGGAUCGUUUUGACUUUUCCACUCACUUGCAUGAUUUCUCGUUUCGGAUUUUCGGUUUCCUUGAUUCCGUUCCGGGCAAAGUGGUGCGUUCACAAGUGAAUGGUGAUGAUUUGUAUUUGUUGAUGCAAUCAGUGGUUAUGUUGGCGUAAGAAGCUAACAACUGUUGCUACUACUUCACGAUGGGUGGUGCUUGUUGCGUUGCUUCCAGAGACAAAACUGUACAAAGUGGAUCAACCCGUGAGAUUGUGCAGCGGAAUGUUCGAUGUUCUCCAACGUGGAGCUUUCGCUGGGAUCAUAGAGGGCGUGUAGCUGGUGAAGAUACUUCUGUAAAUUGGUUUCCUGAUGGUGUCAGCAGGAACGAUGGAUCAGAGAGUAAAAAUGAAUCAACAUACGUAUCAGAGGACGGAAGUCCAUUGCAGAAUUUUCAACGGAAAAGGUUCCAAAAAUCCCCAAUUUCGGAAGUAAUUGCUGCACAUGGGAGAAAUUCAACUUCAGUUUCUGACACGGUUAUUCAUGAGGUUGCAGACCACUCUUUUUCAAGGACUGUUACGGAUGUGAGCGCGGAACAGGUGAAUGGGUUGGCAGAAUCAUCAAUAGUAUCAUGUCCAUCUCCCACAAAACCAUCAUUGCCUUCAACUUCAUUAUCAGCGUCUCCUCUAUCAUCCCAAUGUAACAUACCCCCAUCGAGCUCGACCCCUUUAAGGUGGCCUUGCCAUUCCCCAGGACACCAGCUAUCACGGCAAGCUUCUGAUAGCCGAAUCCCAGCAGUUAAGUCACCCAGCAGCCUCUCUCUGUCUGAAGAAAGGCCUGUGUUUCCUUCAUGGAGCAAUGAAGUGGGUAUGCGCUCCCAUGGUGGAUCUUCAGAUGGUUGGUCUAUACCUGGUUUUUCUGAGCGGAUGGGAACUCCCCACAGAGAUAGAUGGUCAUUUGAUAGUGAAUCUUUUGGUUUUAACCGUGAAAGAUUAGCUAGACCCAGUAGUUGGUUUUCAGCUUCACCAGUUGAUUCGCAAUCAUGUGGUAUUUGCUCAAAGCUUUUAGUCGAGAAGUCUUCUUGGAGCACCCAAAAGAUAAUUGCUAGUAAUGACCUUUCUGUAGUUGCUGUCCUUGUCUGUGGGCAUGUCUAUCAUGCUGAAUGUUUGGAAAGUAUGACACCUGAUACCAAUAAGUAUGAUCCAGCUUGCCCAGUUUGCACUUUUGGUGAGAAACAAACUAUGAAGUUGUCUGAAAAAGUUCUGAAAGCUGAAAUGGAUUUGAAGGCUAGAAACAAUAAAUCAAAGAAUCGGGUUGUGGACAGUGAUAUUGACGAUGAUUCUGUUGUGUUCGAUCACUUUAAAAGGAGAGGGCUUAAAGGUAAAGGUCCUAGGAUUGACUCCAGUUCCAGUGGGAGAAGCUCCUUCGGGAAACCUUUUCUCAGGCGACACUUUUCCUUUGGAUCAAAGAGCUCCAGAUCCGUGUUGGAUAAUCACCCUACAAGAAAGAAGGGUUUCUUUUGGGCAAAAUCUAGCAAGGCAUAAGCUACUUCUUGGUUGUUGGGAGGUUUCACUGUUGAUCUUCCCUGCAUCCUCAAAAGAUUUGUGAAAAGGACAAGAUGCAAUUCAGAAUUUCAGAGCAUCUAUAUACACUAAUAUGCGAUUUCAACAAGAUUACAGGUUGAAGUUACUCUGUAAAGAAGACACAGAAGUAUAAGAUGAACAAAAUAUAGUGUUGAGACCAAGGGUCUUUCUGCGUUGUACAGGUCGAUUUGUUUAUUGCAUGGAUAUAAUUCUUGUAUCCAAAUGACAUUCUGUUUUCCAUGGUUCUGCUUAUGUGUAGUGCAAACCAGUGCCUUGGGAGUUUCUGGAGUUGGGCAAUGGUCUAAACAGAUUGAUAGGCAAUACCAAUUAUUUCCAUCGACUUUAGUUGGUUGCUUUUAAUGAAAGAGCAGUUUCAGGACACCCUAUUAUCGAGUCGGUGUUUUUUUGGCAUAUUGAAUUAUAUACUUUAAAUUCUGAUGUGUUCCCUUUAAUGAAAAGAAAGGUUUUAGCAUA